AUGUGGGUAUUGGAAGCGGUUUUACCUGUUGUUGAGUCUUUUGAUCUUGCAAAUGAGUUGCGAGUCAAAACAUCCGGCUUGGCAAUUCCGCAGCUUUCUUUUAGCCACUGGGAAACCAUCGAACAAGACCCUUUCUGGAUCCCAAGCACUGAAGAAGAGUUGGAACAAUUUGGCGACAAAGCGGAUUUUGUUAAUAAGGCCAAGCUCUAUAUGGAUUCAAUUCGUGAGCGAAAAGGUCUUUAUGUUGAUAAGAAACUUGUUGAAUUUGCUGAAAAACAGCGCACACUCUCAAAAAAUAAAUAA